UCGGAUAGCAUCCUUCGCUUACUAUCAUCACGGGGGAAGAAAAGGAGGGAGAUGAGUCCGUUGUCUAAUCGAGUCAAAGAGAUUGACAUCGUAGCCGGCGAUCAUGUUUACAGCUGGAGGGCUCUUUUUUCUUAUGCUCAUCACGGCAUUUACGUUGGUGAUGGCGUAGUUAUCAAUUUCACAGCGCCCCCUGGAAAACUCACGGAUUCAAUCGAUGAUCAUUUCGCUUCAGGUUCUAUUCCAGGAGUCUCAUCUUCGAGUUCAACUCGGGGGGCAAAAACUUGUCCAAAUUGUCACCCUCGCUGCGGUAAAAAAUCCGAGGGCGGGGUAAUCGUCUCUUGCUUGAACUGCUUCAAAGAUAAAGGAUCCCUGUACCGUUACGAAUACGGGGUCUCGAAGACUGCUCUACAGUGGCAUAUCCGGGGUGGUACGUGCACAACUGCUGAAUCGGACCCCGCAAGCGAAGUGAUCCAUAGGGCUAACUAUCUAUUCGAAAAUGGUGGAUUCGGAAACUAUAACCUGAUUAAGAAUAACUGCGAGGAUUUUGCUCGCUAUUGCAAAACGGGGCUUUUGGUAAUGGACGAGGAGGCACUGGGAAGGAGCGGUCAAAUAGCUGAUCUGGUACGUGUGAAAAUAUUUACUAAGAAGAUGAAAGCAAAAUUUUUUUCGAAUACCGAGGAAUCGGAAAAAAAAUGCCGUCGCAAGCAUGGUAUGGGAAGGUAUGCCGCUGACAUUGGUGUCCGACGCGAUGUUAAGAAGGUGCCGGUCGAGGACUUGGAUAACUUCCAUCGUCGUUUGGUGGCGGCGACUUAUUCCACUCAAGGCGGCGAAAAUGAUCUUCAAGUCGAUGAAAAUGAUCCUCAAGACGAUGAUAACUCCACUCAAGACGAUGAAAAUGAUCUUCAAGACGAUGAUAAUGAUCUUCAAGACGAUGAUAAUUCCACUUAAGACGAUGAAAAUGAUCUUUAAGACGACGAAAAUAAUUUUGCCUUUAUUGAAAGGAUAAACUUAAGCAGCCUUUGAAAAACACAUGGGUGAACCGUUAAAUAUAAGAUUUCUGAAGACUUCGGAGGUUUGGUGGUAUAUUUUGAAAUAUGCAAUAAACGAGAGAUUAUCUCAUUCUUUUUUUCUUUUUCUUUUUUAUGGUUCUACCUAUAAAUAAGCUUGUAAUCUGAUUGUAAAAGUAUGAGUGAAGUAGAAAAGAAUCAGAGAGAGAGAAAUAGAAUUUCCUCCUUGUAUUUCAGACUGAGCAAAAUCAAUAUA